AUGGUUGACAGAUUCCCUAAUGUUAAUAUAAAAGAUUCUGAGGUCCCAAAAUCUACUGUUGUUUGCAAGCUAUGGAGGAGGGAUAGAUGGCGCUUACCUGACCCUAUGGAUGAGGUGACUCAAGAAGCGUGGGACUAUGUGAGUAACAAUUACAGUAUUUCGAAUUAUGAAGAUAAAGUCUAUUGGGUGCCUAGCAAGAGUGGUUCUUUCUCUGUUAAUAGCUUGUGGAGGAAUCUUAACCCCAGUCUUCCUAAAGUCCCUUGGGCCUCCCUGGUUUGGUUCUCUGGGUCUAUUCCUAGACAUUCUUUUAUUCUGUGGCUGUGUUUGAAAAAAAGAUUGCUCACGAAGGAUAAACUUAUGGCUUGGAAUGUUGUUUCUUCUGACAGUUGCAGUUUAUGUGGUUCUCACCCUGAGAAUUUGGAGCAUUUGUUCUUUGCUUGUGGCUACUCUCAGAAUAUUUGGUCCAAUGUCCUUUUUAUCCUGGGCCUUAAUAGGCAUAGCUUUUCUUGGAAUAGAGAAGUUAGUUUUUUUAUAAAAAGAUCUGCAGGCAAAUCUUUGGUGUCAAAAAUCAGGAAGCUUUGGUUCUCAGCUGCUGUCUAUUUUAUCUGGAAGGCAAGGAAUGAUGCCAUUUUCAAUCAGUUUUUAGCUCCUGCUGAUCAAGUUUUUAAGAAUAUCAAUUUUACUGUCGCUGCUAGAAUAAACAAUCAUACUAGUCUCUACUUUGCUUUGGUUUUAGGCCUUGGUUGUGUUCUGGCUGUUGCCAAGAUUUUGGGUGGAAAAUGGAGCAAAACAGAGGAAAUUGAUCCUCGUGUAUGCACAAUACGCGACACGCCGAUCUCCCGCUCGAACCGUUUCAAGACAACCUUGGUAGCUUCGAAAGAGGCGUGA